AUGAACCAAAGUGUUGGUAUCGGGUAUAGGCAUAGCUUAGGAUAUAAAACCAACACCCCCUACACCGAACCGCUCCAACUUCGACAAGGCUAUACCGAGCCCGACUUAACGCUACCGCAGCACGCUCUCGUCAUCCUCGGCAGCGCCUUCGCUGUUGCCUGCGCGCAGCGCCCGAUUCGCCAGCUCGAGCGGUUUUACUUCCUCUCCGACGUCCCUGGCGAGAGUCGUCGAAUUGGGGUUUCCGAUAAGCAAUCAGAGGUCGUACGCACCCUCUUUCGGACGCGUUGGUGGGCGGGUCCACCGCUGUGGCGGGGAACGCUGAGCGGGGCCGUUAGUCUCGGGGGAUUCGUCUACAUUCGAAGUCAAUUCCAUGAAAAAGGUGGCCCCUGCAGCGGUUUCAUCGCGGGCGCCGCCACCGGGCUCCUCUACGCCGUGGCCUCCCACCCUUAUGACGUCCUGCGUGCGACCGCGGAGGCGCCAAACGCCCCGAAGACCUUUCGCGGUCCGAUGGAUGUCCUCUGGACGGCGCUGACGAAAAAACCGCGGGUUUUGUUCGGGCUCUAUCGCGGUAUCCCCACGAUGGCGAUGGCGUACGCCACGCAUUAUGGGGUGCAGUUCGGCUUGUACAACUACCUUCGCUACGAUGGGGUCUACCGCGGCCCUCUGGUGCUCUUCUUCUACUGCCACCUCGCUGCCUUUGUGGGGCAGGUGCUGUUUUUCCCCUUUUUGCGUGUUCGGCAGCAGCUACUCGCGGUUAACUCACGCAUACAUUUAAGGCCAGUCGGCUAUCGCUUUCUUAUUGGAGAACUGCGUCGGCGAUACGGUUUAUCAAAGGUCUAUGACGGUUUCUUUUCCUCGAAGCCGGUGCUCAGUACUAUCCCUGCCGCCUUGCUUCUGAUGUUCUAUGAUGUUGCCUCGAGACGGUAUACGGAAUACCUAAAUCCGGAACGAAAGGCUCGAGCGAAGCCCUCGCAGCAGCUGGGCUCGGUGCGGCUGCCUUCUUAUGUGACCUCACCCGAGCCAUAUGAGUUCGAGAGCACUUCCCCUUUGGCUGUGCAAGUAAAGGCUAAGCAUGUCUGA